UGUAUGGCUACAAGCUUCUCGAGUAUGUAAUAAGUGCAGUUGCUUGUCUAUGACUUGCCGUUCUAUUCCGAUCUGCGUACGUUUUAAGAUCACUCUGUCUAAUCGAGCAGAAAGAUGUUUCCAACUAAAUAAUGUUUAUAAGUAUCCGACUCGUGUAGCCAGUGUUGACAGUUUUAAUGUGAUGUAUCGUGUGCAAGAUAGCAGUCAUUGAUGUGAUUACCAUACAGCGCUGCAAGAUAUUGUUUUUUAUUUACAGAUCAUUAUAAGCUAAUAAACCUGUGAAACUGGAGGCACAGCGAAGAGAAUAGAUCUCUCAGACUGUGGUUGCAAUGGAUACUUCCGAGGAACCGACGAGUCUGCAAUCUAUUUGUCACCUGGGUGCAUCUGAGUUGUUUCCAAAACAUACAGUGGAAAGCGAGGACCCGUCUUUGACUGUUCCAUUCACUCCGCUUAGCGGAGAAUCCGUUUUGGCGCUUGGACGCACUUCGGAUGGCAUUUUAGCACUUUCGAACUAUCGCUUGUACCUGCAACUCAAUCAGUCAAACUAUAACAUACCGUUGGGUCUUAUCGAGCAGCUUGAAGUAAAGGAGAUAUUCUUUCUCCAUAUUACUUGUAAAGAUGCACCGUCGUUGAGCUGUGCAUUCUCCACAAACGAGCAUUGCUUGGAAUGGUUCAAGCGCCUGCACAAACUCACUUAUCCCAGGAAAAGUAUCGAAGAUAUAUUUGCAUUUGCUUAUUAUGCCUGGUGCGUCGAAGAAGGCAAGGAUUAUCCACGAUUGGGGAAAGAUCCAUCCUCCUACACUGCGACCUUCCAAUCAGAAGUGGAACGCUUGAAGUUCAAUCUUCAUGGUACCUGGCGUAUUAGUCAAAUAAAUGUGGACUACAAAAUGUGCCCAUCGUAUCCUCCCCAGCUUUUGGUACCUGCUUGCAUAACGGAUGAAACGCUCGAGAGCGUUGCUAAAUUCAGAAGCUCCAGGCGAAUUCCAGCGGUUGUGUGGAGGCAUGUCAAUAACGGCGCAGUAAUAGCUCGCAGCAGUCAACCUGAAGUUGGCUGGCUAGGAUGGAGAAGCUCCGAAGAUGAAGAUCUACUCAAAGCUCUUUCCGACGCUUGUGCAUACGACAAAGGGGAAUCAACAAUGAUUGACCCUCCGCUCGGUUACACAGAUUCCCCAGAAACAACAAUUACCUCUCCUGUGAACAAGAAAGUUCUGAUAGUUGACGCACGAUCUUACACAACAGCAGUAGCGAAUAGAGCACGUGGAGGUGGAUGUGAAUGCCCAGAAUAUUACCCAAGCUGUGACAUCCAGUUCAUGAACCUUCCUAACAUACAUUCGAUACGAAAGAGCUUUCACGCCGUUAGACAGCUUUGCGCUUCCGACGCGGAUCCGCCAAAUUGGCUCAGUUUGCUCGAAGGAACUAGAUGGCUCCAACACAUGUCCGGUUUACUCAGGGCAGCUGUAACCGUUAGUUCUGCUAUCGAAAGGGAUGGACGACCAGUGCUUGUGCAUUGCAGCGACGGGUGGGACAGGACCCCACAAAUCGUUGCCUUAGCUCAGUUGCUAUUAGAUCCCUAUUAUCGUACAAUAGAGGGUUUCCAAAUACUCUGUGAAAGAGAAUGGUUUGAUUUUGGUCACAAAUUUGCCGAUCGGUGCGGGCAGACCAUAGGCUGCGACGACCCAAACGAACGUUGCCCUGUAUUUCUACAGUGGCUGGAUUGCGUGCACCAAUUAAUACGCCAAUUUCCGUGCGGUUUUCAAAUGUCCCCAGAAUAUAUCGUCAAGUUGGCGCAGCAUACAUAUUCGCAGCUCUUUGGAACAUUCCUGUGUAAUAAUAGACAAGAGCGACUACAAUUUAGAGUGCGAGAGCGUACUUUCUCCGUCUGGCGUUUUCUGAACGCAAAUUCUUUUAUUAAUUACCUGUAUUCACCUUCAAAGCACCAGGUUCUAUGGCCCAGCUGCAAUGUACGCGACCUUGUCUUGUGGUCUGAGGUAUAUCUAGGCUCUAUGGUAACGUCGACAGGAGACAACAAGGACAAACAAAUGGUUGGCAUAAUUGAUAUUGAAGGAGGAGAAGGGGACGAACCUCAAAGCCAAAUGACCAAGACACGAUCAUACGGUGAUUUGAUACAUGCCCAAGACCACAACGUGUACCCACAUAGAAGACUGAGUGACCCCAGCAUUACAUUAGAAAAAAAAUUCGAUUCGAUGAAUUUCGAGAAUAAUGAUAAAGUUGAAAAAAACACGUUAAGUGACAGUAUUCAGGCCGUGCAUGAAAAUACAGUUGAAAACGUGAGUUUGAGGAAGGAUUAUAAGGCUGAGAUACCGAGCGGAUCACCCGUCAAUCCUUCGGUUGAUAGUUCUACUGAUACACUUAUACCAAAUGGCGAUCCUGUUAACAAUACUAUUGAUAUUAAUAACGAGAUAUCCCAACGGGCACCAUCCGAAGAGUCAAUACUAACUUGGGGAGAUGCGAAUCAUCUUCGCAGUACUUGUAAUUGCAACAGAGCUAACGACAGCAGCGAUGUCAGCGACAUAAGCGCACCUUUACUUUCAAGAACCCCAAGCAGCGCUUGUCCUGCCUCGCCAAUUCAUCAAGAUAUCACAAUUGAAAAUUCUGAUAAACUCGACGAUAUUGACGGAUUGCCUGUUAUAUGCAGUGACAUUCAAAUGCGAUUGCAGCAAAUAGACAUAGAAAACAAGCUGAAGGUGGAAGCCUUGCGAAAGGAAUUAUACACAACAAGGCUAGCUCUGAUUAAAAAAGUCUGCAAUCACAACACUGACAUUGAUCGUAUUGAUGACAUUGGGUCAUUGCCGGAUUCAGUUGGAAGUGCAGGUGAACACGGAGAAUCGCUUCCCUCUGACAUGUCUUGGGAAGCUGUGGAAGAGCUGGGUCCAGCACCGGUCCUGUGGGUGCCUGAUCACGCAGUUAAUCGUUGUAUGGGAUGCGACACAGAAUUUUGGCUUGGAAGACGCAAGCAUCACUGCAGAGGCUGUGGUAAAAUAUUCUGUGCAGACUGUUCGGAGAACUCGACUCCGCUGCCUAGCGAACAAUUGUACAAUCCGGUCAGGGUUUGUAGCGACUGUUUCUCACGGCUACAUCAUGUAAGUCCCUGUCAACACACGAAACUCCAUGCAAUGAAAACUCACGAUAAUGAAACUGAGCCAGUAUCAAGCACUGAGAUAACGACAUGCCACAGAGUAAUAACUGCAAUGGCAUCGACGACUAAAGUUCAACCAAUUGGCAAAGACACAUGCACUAAUUCAGCAAUGGCUCCGAACUGAGUUAUCCAACAGAGAAAUCUGAUCCGCAACUGAUUUUUCGUUAAGUUGGGAUAAAUUUUUAGCACUGUAUUAUAUUGAAUAUAUGAUUAAUUUUUCCAGAAUACAACUAUAUUUAGACUUAUGGUUGUAGAGUGGAUUUAUACAUAAUUAAGUUUAUACAUAAAUAAAUUAAAAAAAAAAAAAAAAAAAAAAUGCAGAAUAUGAAGUUAAAGAUUU